UGAAUGAUAAAUUGGAUGUAUCCGUGAGCGGAGAUUUUAGUAUAGAACACGAGUUAGAACUAUCUUUUUUCUAAGUAGAAAGAGAGAGUAAACUCAAGUACUAUUACCUUAAAGGUUUGUGCACGUUGACGCAUUCAGCAAACUUCGUUAAUCUAUUUGAAUGACGAUGACAGUGUACUGACUGUCUCACCGAUUCGGAAGCUAUGGCGAACAUCGCGGCACUGAGAAUCCAACGCGAAUUUAAAGAGGUUAUAAGAAGCGAAGAAGUUGCAAAAUGUGCGAUUAAAGUUGAAUUAGUAAACGAUAGUUUUACUGAAUUGAAAGGUGAGAUUGCGGGUCCACCAGAUACACCAUAUGAGGGAGGUAAUUUUGUGCUCGAGAUUAAUGUUCCCGAGACAUAUCCCUUCAAUCCUCCUAAAGUGCGAUUCAUAACAAAAAUAUGGCAUCCUAAUAUAUCUUCAGUAACAGGUGCUAUUUGUUUAGAUAUAUUGAAAGAUCAAUGGGCUGCGGCUAUGACCUUGCGUACAGUAUUGCUAUCAUUACAAGCUUUACUGUCUGCAGCAGAACCAGAUGAUCCACAAGAUGCAGUAGUGGCUAGGCAAUAUAAAGAGCAUCCAGAAAUGUUUCGUCAAACUGCUAAACAUUGGACAUAUGUAUAUGCAGGUGGUCCAGCAAAAAUGCCUGAUUUAGAUGACAAAAUAAGGCGAUUAACAGAUAUGGGAAUUGAGGAACAUAAUGCAAGAGUUGCUUUAUCUUCAUACAAUUGGGAUUUGGAACGUGCCACUGAGAAGCUUUUCAGUUAGUGAUAACUGUAUAGUUAAUAUGUCAUAUAAAAGCACUGCUCAUUUUGUCAUUACAAAACUUCUGUAACACCAUGCCCAAUUACUGAUACCAUAGCAGUUUCAUAAUCAAAUUCAGCACCUGUAACGACAAUAUUUCAAUGGCAAAGAAAUUUACAGAAAAUUCAUUUUAAUAAUCUUAAAUAAUACUCAUUUAUUUAACGUGUAAAAUAGGCAUGAAGAAACAGUAAUUAAUAAAAUCUGUUAAGUCCAACUUGA